GGCCGAUGUCGAACAACAGCCAGUGAAUGAGGAUUUCGUGAGCUUGCGCAUGGAAUGCAUAAAAUUUAUGAUACGCCAUUUACAGGAAUUGCGCGCACAACAACAGCAGCAGCUGCAGCAACAGCAGCAGCAACAGAAUACUUUGCUGCGCCACAGUGCAUAUACUCAGUAUUAUUAUGCGAAAUCGGCAAGUAGCAGCGUUGCGCAACCGCCGGUCGCAGCAGAAGAGCGCAAAAUCAUCUAUGUGCCCUUUAUACCGGAUUAUAAAUUGAGUGGCGAGGAGUUUGAGCGGCACGUUAAGACAUAUUUGCGACCGAUUCCAUGUUUGCUAGAUCGUCCGCAGUACCUUAAUCGUUUGCCGCCAUUUCGACGCGAUGACUUCAGUUAUCCCAAUCGCGAUGAGGGUGAGUGUGAGGUGCACUUCUUGGGCUGGCAUAAUGAGCUGCUAACGCUGACGUUGAAAAUACAGUCGCUCCUGGCAUCAACAAAAAUGGAUCGUGAAAUCAUCGAGGAGUUUAUCGCAUUCAUACAGAAGACACCGGAUUUGAUUGGCAUCGAUAGCUUCCUGGUGAUUGUUUUACCAAAACAUUUAGCCAUCAAUUAUAUGCUAAAUUUCUGUCCCGAAUAUAUGUGGCAAUAUGGCAAGGUAAGAAUUGAAGAGUUAGGAAGGCGAUAAGGAAAUGCCAUUUGUCUAGA